UUUGUAAGUUCCAAACGGUUCAUCUCCCUUUCUUAGCCUAUGUUCAACCUAAAAGCUUCUUUGUACACAUCCUAAAAGCUCUAGCCGCGGAACAUGCAUAACAACAAAUAUAUACGAUCGAUCUUUGGUCCAGCAUAACUCAGCACCAGACCGAUCUAUAUACCAAAAUGUCGAUGCUCUCUGCCACCUUGUCCGAAUAACUCUCGCCAACACCAGUAAUUUCUAUCGCGAAAAAACUAUGCUCAUCAACGGAAUCAGCUACCUAUGAUAGUUCUAUAUCGCAAGGUUAGCCUGAUACCUCAUCAUCUGGGAUAUCUUUGAGAGUUUGAGACUGACGAAUAUUUCAUCUUCUUAUUUUUUAGUAAUUAGUUGACAGACAUACCAUGGAGAACACAUGAAGACCAUUCCGUCGGCGAUACAUGAUACGGAGAGAAAGAACACUAGUAAUGCACCUGAGUAUCAGAGUAGCAAUGUGAAGAAGGCAAGGCUGCAUUUAACACUCGGUGCUCUCCUUAAUGAUCCGAUACUAGCUGAUGUGCCCAAAAACCCAUCAUUCUCUGAUAUAGAUACCCUCAUAAGCUUGGAACUUGGCAGUGCCAUGCGGAUUACCAUCCUUAAAUUGGACAACACCUCUGUUGAUGUUGUUGUCCUGAACUCUGCAACAGUUAAGGACUUGAAACAAGCAGUUAAAAAGAAGAUUGAAGAGAUGGAGGAUUCCAACAUGGGUCAUCGCCACAUUUCUUGGAAACAUGUCUGGGACAAUUUUUGCUUAUCAUAUAAUAAUGACAAGCUUCUCGAUGAUGGGGCUAAACUUCAGGAUUAUGGCAUACGGACCAACUGCGUGGUACAAUUUGCUCCCUAUGUUAUGUCAAGAGCCUCACAACGACAUUCCAGGAGUAGAAAACACCGGUUCUUCCACGGCCUUAACAAAACUGGAUGAACUUUGUAAUUUGUAUCAUUUCAUCAGAGUUAGAUUGGGGAAGAAUGUAUUGCUGUAAAGAUUGGGGAAGAAUUUUAGCAGAACUUGUAAAUCGGGAAGACCAAUGCCAUCAAUUAAAGAUUAAAUAUUGAACACCAUUUAUAAUAUAUAUAAAAAAAAUUGACUUGACCAACA